AUGUCAUUGAAAACCAAGGAAUUUCUCAUGAAUCAAAGCCAUAUUGAAGCAAACAGUGUAAAAAUUGCAUUUCCAGGUCUUCAAAAUGGUGCAUCCCAUAGAAUUGUUGCACUUGAUGAAAAGAAGCAUUUAGAUUCCGAAUACAUUGCUUUUGAAUUCCACACUAAGAGUAUUUCGACAAUUGGCAUAGAUCAUAAACUGCUUGUUUGUGAACUUCAUGCAGUUGAAGGAAGAAUUGAGAAAGAAAAAAUUGCACCUGGCCUUACUUUUCUUAAUUUAAAGUUUCAAUGGAUAUUUGAAGAGAUGGGGUUCAAUAUAUAUGUUCACUGUGAGUUAAUUGAAAUAGAAGAAUCUGAAAAAACUGAAGCUAAAAAAGCUGCAGAGAAUUGGCAUUUUACCGUAAAUGAGUUAAUUGAAAUAAUGCAAGAUGUAUAUUGGAGAGUUGAGAAAAGAGACAAUUUGAGCAAACUUGAGCAUUUAUUCAGAAAUUGCAUUUGCAUUUAA